AUGGUAAAUGGAGAUGAAGUCAUCCACUAUCCGAUUGAGUUUCUCAACUCUCUUAACCCUGCAGGAUUGCCUCCACAUAAACUGAGAUUAAAAGUUGGUACCCCGAUAAUGCUGCUUCGGAAUCUUAAACCAUCACGGUUUUGCAGCGGCACUAGACUGCAAGUUAAGCGUCUCAUGCCUUACAUCGUAGAAGCAACCAUUCUGACAGGACCUGCAGCCGGUGAAAUAACAUUAAUUCCAAGAAUACCUAUGGUCCCUACGGAUUUGCCAUUUGCGUUUAAAAGGCUGCAGUUUCCUGUUAGAAUGUGUUUCGCCAUGACGAUUAAUAAGUCCUAA